GGCCUGGAUCCAAGAAAAAUUGUAAUAAAAGGAUCGUAUUUUAAUUGCAUUCGAAAUGCUUCCUCGUAGAACGGUUGGGAUUUCUCUUUUAAGUUCUCCUGACCCACUUGGUUGCUUCUUCCGUUACGUGAGUGUCUGAAGCUUUGGAGGAGCUUUCCUCAGAGUCAUACAAGCCCCCCCCCAACAAGGCCAGGGGGACAGAAGACAUGACAGCAGUAGAGAUAAUUGUGGGACCCCUGGGUGCUCCCUGAGCUGGGUGGCUUCGUGCAGACGUUUCAUAACCCAACUAGAUAACAACAUCAGCAGUGCUGGAAGGGAAGAAGGACUGUGGGAUCCGUGAUGCUCUCUGAGCUGUUUUUUUUUUUGCAGAUGUUUCAUUACCUAACUAAGGAGCGUCAGUCCUACUGAGCGGGUGGAUUGCUCCCUGCUAGAAGAGAGAGGGGCGUGGAGGAGGAGGGGGAGGAGGAGCACGACAACGACUGUGGGUCCUUGAUGCUCUUUGAGCCUGGUUGUUUCCUUGCAGACAUUUCAUUGCCAAGCUAGAUAACUUCAACCGUGCUAAACAGAGAACAAACCCUACUCCCUUCGAGCACUGAUGAUGUUACCUAGUUGGGUCAUGAAAUGUCUGCAAGAAAACAAGCUCAGAGAAUAGCAAGAACCCCACAGCCCUCCUCCUCCCCACCACACCCCACUCUCUUCUAGCACUGAUGAUGUUUCCUAUUUGGGUCAUGAAACGUCCGCGAGAAAACCACCGAGCUCAGUCAGCAGCCAAGGACCCCCCAUUCAGCCCAGAGUUACCGAUAUCCCCUUCUGGGGAGAAUAGUUUGGGGCCUUCGGAGGAAGUGAAGUGAAUCCACCGGCUGCACUGAACGCCAGUUGGCUUCUGUAAGGCUUUCCAGGGCUUGCUUAGGGUAAGAGGCUCACUUUCCUCCAGUUGCUCUCGUCGGCUGAAAGUCUGCCUGGGCUGGGUUGCCAUCGGUCCCAUCAGGGAAGCCAUCUUGUGGUGGCUCUGCGCAGAUGUCUUCAAGAACAGCUUCAGGCUCAGAGAGCCCCAAGGACCCCACAGUCCUCCUCCUCGCAAACCUCACCAUCCCUUCUAACACCAAUGAGCGGCCCAGGUGAAGGAGACCCGCCAUCUGCCCCCUUCCCCUGGAUGCUGGGCGGCCGGGGCCGUUUCUCGCAGUCGCACAAGAUGGGGGCCUUGAAACGGAGCCCCCAGCAAGCCUGGCCGGAGGAGGAGGGUGACCGGGAACACGGCCUCUACAGCUUGCACCGCAUGUUUGACAUUGUGGGCACCCACCUGACUCACCGCGAUGUCCGGGUGCUGUCUUUUCUCUUCGUGGACGUCAUCGACGACUACGAGCGGGGCAUGAUCCGCAGCGGGCGGGACUUCCUCCUGGCGCUGGAGCGACAGGGCCGCUGCGACGAGACCAACUUCCGCCAGGUGCUGCAGCUGUUGAGGAUCAUCACCCGCCACGACUUGUUGCCCUACGUCACUUUGAAGAGGAGGAAGGCUGUAUGUCCGGAUCUUGUAGAUAAGUAUCUCGAGGAGACUUCAAUUCGCUAUGUGACACCCCGAGCCCAUAGCAAUACGGAGCAUGUUCCUGUGCACCAACAAAAAUCUGUGCCUCCCCACCACCCGCUGGUCUGCUGCUCCUCUUCGGGCCCCCAGAUCUGCACCAAGAGAUCCGGCCGUGGAAGGGCACUGCUUGGGAAUCAACGGAAAAGAAGGAAGUCCGUGACACCAGACCCGAAGGACAAACAGACCUGCGAUAUCCGCCUCCGGGUCCGGGCCGAGUACUGCCAGCACGAGAGCGCCCUGGAGGGCAACGUCUUCUCCAACAAGCAGGACCCCCUGGAGCGCCAGUUUGAACGUUUCAGCCAGGCCAACACGAUCCUGAAAUCCCGGGAUCUGGGCUCCAUCAUCUGUGACAUAAAGUUCUCGGAGCUGACGUACCUGGACGCCUUCUGGCGCGACUACAUCAACGGCUCCUUGCUGGAGGCCCUGAAGGGCGUCUUCAUCACAGACUCGCUCAAGCAAGCCGUGGGCCACGAGGCCAUCAAACUCCUGGUCAACGUGGACGAGGAAGAUUACGAGGUUGGCCGGCAGAAACUCCUGAGGAACUUGAUGCUGCAGACGGCGCCUUGACGGCUCCCUGGUGGCGGAGUUUUCUUUUUCCUUUUUUCGCCCUCUCCUCGGGCUCCCCGUUGGAGGAACGUUUUGUUUUGUUUCGCAAAAUUAUUUUCCUUAAAAAAAAGAGGGGGGGGGGGCGGAUAUCUCCGAGGAACGAAAUCGGUCACGUACUGAAUUGAGUCUUUUCCGUGGGAGGAUACGCUGGGGUUUUUUUCCUCUUCUUCAUUCCCCCAGGGGGGAACUGGAAACGGGGGUCCAGGAGUGUUGGAGAGGCCAUCCCGUGCCCCCGCCCCCCGCCUCGAAGGAGCCUCUUUUCCUGGACUCGCGGAGCAUCAGGGAGCCCCCAAAAGAUGCUCGGCGGUUUCUUCCUUACCGCCUCCUCUCUUGUGCCGUCCGACCUUUCUGUUGUUUUUGGUAUCGUUGCCAUCAGUUCGAUUCCUGCCGUCGCCCCCUCCCCAAGUGAGCCCGACCGCCAGGCCCCCGAAGGCAGGCAGGCCCUUAGCCCGUCUCUUCCCGUGAAAGAAGCUGUUGUCCACGGGUCCCUCUUCCCGCCCGCCUCUUUCGGAAGCUGCAAGGGAGGGACGGGACGGAAAGGGAGACCUGGGCUCGUAGGCUCUGCCUCCUGCUCCUCCGUUGCCUUUUGUUUUUAAUUUGCACUGAGCUGCUCCCCAUAUGGGGGAGUGGUCUUAAAGCAGGGGUUCGGGUUUAGUCAUGGUUUGGCAAGGGAAGGGCCAGGGGGUCUCGUGCGAAGAAAGCAGCCAAGGUGGGGCACGAGAUGUGGGUCCAAAGACGAGAGGGAGGGGAGCUUUGAGCCACGGCUGCUACGCUGAACCCCACUUUGGGGCGGGGAGGGGACUUGUGGGUCAAAUACAACAGGGCUUUCCAACCUUGGUGGACUUCAACUCCCAGCGUUGCUGGCUGGGGAAUUCUGGGAAUUGAAGUCCACAAGUCUCCAAGUUGCCAGGGCUGGAGACCCCUGAAAUAGGAGCCCCCCUUUGGCUAAGACCAUCCCUUGGCUCUUCCUGCCCUCCUUCCUGUCAUCCCACCUGUGCCUUUUCCUCGCCUCCAAAGAUGAAGGAGAACGCUCUUUCCUCUUCCCUCCUCAGCCGUGCAACCUUGGCGGACAGCUGCCCAUCUGAGGUGGUUGGCCCACAGAUGGGAAGAAAGGAAGACCUCUGCCAGCUAGAGAAGGAGCCCGAGCUUCGGAGGGGCACCCCGUGUGGCCGGGGCCAGCUUUGCGGGGGGGGGAAUCCCAUUGGUUCAGCUGACUAGUCUGUUCUUCCAGAAGUUUCCCCUGUCCCGACUUCCCCACCAGUGGUGCAAAACUGAAUAGCUCUCGGAGGCAGACAGGGGAGAGAUCCCGCCCUCGCUCCCCAUGGUGCUGAGCGCAGCGCUGGUUGCAUCUGAAUUUUCGUUUUUCUUUGGGGAGAUGGCCAGGGGACUCUGCCGGGGUUCAGCUGUGGGGUUACGUUUUUGGUAGCCCCACUGGCCUUGGCAGGGUGUCUCUUUUUUACCCCCCCCCCAGACCCGCCUCUCUUUUCCCCGUCAGCUGUGGGAUUUGCUGGGACUCCGUUGGUCGAGAAAAUAGAACAGAGCCAGCUUGAAAGGAAUCGGUUCUGUGAUUUGCGCUGGAUUUCUUUUUUGUUGGGCACUCACACAUGUCAUAUUUUAUUUCUGCCCCCCUUAAAUCACGGGAAAGCCUUGACAAGCAGGAGCCAGACCUCUCUCUUUGGGGGGGGGUGUCCCAGGAAAGACCCCCCCGGUUGCUUUUUCAAGAUGGCGGAAGGGCCGCCUUUUGACCCCUUCUGGUUAGGAAGGCUCCAUCCAGCAGGGGAAGGGAUUGGGAGGCGCCCAGCAAGCGUCCAGCUUAUACAGCCAUAAGCUCAGGUGGAGCGUUUCACGGGGGGGGGGGAACUUGCAGGAAAAGCGGGUUUCCGUCCUGCACAGAAGAUAAAAGGGCAUUUAAUUCACCCGGAGACUCGAUCUGUACGAGUUUGUGUUGCGAUUUGCCCGUUCGCUCCUCUCUAUUUGCUGGCAACGGCUUUUUCACUUUUGAGAAGAACGAAGGUUGUUAAUGGCGCUUCGGAUUUGGUUUGGAAGAGGCCCUCAUACUUUGGAGCCUGCGCGAAAGUGCAGCUCACCCAAGCGGGCGCCUCUCUUUCUAAAAUUGCACAGCCGCCCACCCUAAAAUUGCACAGGCCGUUUUGGAGGUGUCCCCUUCGGUGAGCUGCCAGCGGGGGCUGCUUUGGUUCUCAUGCCAGGGUCAAAAAUGGGGGCCCCUUUUUCCAAGUCCAAAGCCCUGGGCAGCUCAUCUCAAGUUCCCCAACUUUUUCUCUAUAAAGACCCGCUUCCUGUCUGAAGUGAAUCCAGGAAAAAGUGUGACCCCCUGACUCCAUUGGCUGCAUAAACUGUCCCCAAGCGAGCGGCCCUUCGCGUGGCUUAAAAUGGUCCAGCUGGACGUUGCAGGCUUUUCCCCUCUUCCCCCCCAGCUGCCUCGGGAAGUACACAAGAGCCCAAUCAUUGCAAACCCUGUGAUUUCAUGAUAAUUCUGGCACAAAUUUGUGUAAAAUCGGUGACUUCUUUAUUUUUUUUUUUUUAAGGAAAUGUCAGUGCAACUGGUCAUAUUCCCUAAUGUACCUUUUGUUUUUGUUUUGUUUUUUUCUGAAAUGAUGAUGAUAAUAAAAAAAUUCUUCUGCCUUU